UCCUUUGUUUUGCCCGGAGGGGUCGUUUUUUCCGGAGGGGUUUUUUCCAGGCGACUGGAGGCGAUCUCUUGGUUACCGGUUUUCAUAUGAUCAAACCAUCUCCCUUUGAUCUCUCCUUUGCCCGCGAUUCCUCAUUCUUUUCUCCUCCAUCAGCUGAUCUUAAGGAUACCACUUAACCUGAUCCGUUGUUUGCUUCAUUGGCGUUAGCUUCCCCCUUAGGUUUUUUUUAGGGUUUUUCUCUGAUGCCGAGAAAAAACACUCCUUUGAACUCCACAUCGCCUGCUGUGUUUGCUACCCCCGGUGCUAGCCCUAGAGAUGGUGUUUCUGGUGGUAGAAGUGAUCUGUUCCAAUGUCCUUUUAAGGGUUUGGAUGGGUGCAAAAACGGCGUUGGUGGAAAAGGUUUAUUGAAGGUGUCUUUGUUAAAUCAUUUGAAGAAUCUUCAUUACAAAAGGGAAGGGGGAACUGAUAGAUUCCGUGAGAGGUUGCACAGCUGCCACGAAGUUUACCACGCUUGGGAGGGGACAUUGCAACAGCUAGAAAGUUGGCUUUGCACUCACUGCAUGCACAUAUAUGCCUUGGGGAAGAAAUGUCCAUAUCUGGAUACGCAUGAACCAACUCCUUCUUCAGUUUCUAUUCACGGAGUGGAUGCUCCUGUUAGAAUUGAUGUUCCAGUUGCAGCUGAGUUUGAGGUCGCUACUCCUACCCCGUGUCUUGAGCUAUUGAACACGGUGUUUCUAGCUCAGAUACCUACUAUUUCGAGCAUCCCAGCUAAGUGCAGAUUACACUUUGCACGUACUUUCAAAGAUGUUUUGCAGGGAGUAGGUGCCAGGCCUGGUGACCUUGCACCUUGGUUACAGCUCCUGCUGUUUCCUAUAUGUACACUCCAUGUUUCCGAGUCCUGUCAAGAAGAGAAGACAAGCACACGGAAAAAGAUGCAGAUUAAAUCGGUUAACCGGGCCCUGCGCGUAUGGUCUGAACCUAAUGGAUGUGUUCUGUUAAUCCAGGAGGUACUCGAGCAACAUGAAGAGAAGAAAAUAGCACUUGAGAAAGCAAAAAAGAAAGCCAACUGGGAGAGUCGGGAGGCCACAAACCUGAGGCUGUGUAGGAGUAAGCUCAGGAGUGGGUUGUAUGAUGCCGCAAUCCGGACUCUUACCUCGAGUGGAGUCGCACCGAAUAAUGAUGAUACCUUAGCUGAGCUGCGUCACAAACACCCCACUGCUGGCCGGUCAUCUAUUCCAUCUUCUAUACCCCCUCAUGACGCCAUGAUAGCUUCUACUGAACUGGUUAUGAGUAGGCUGAGGAGUUUUCCUAAAGGAACCUCCUGUGGUAGAGAUGGAUUCCGUGCGCAACACCUUCUUGACGUACUCAGUGGGCCUGCUACUGUUUUAUCGGAUGAUUUAAUUGUGUCCAUCACUGAUAUGGUGAACUUGUGGCUCUUGGGAUCUUUCCCUUCCGUUUUAGGAGAAUUUAUUUGCUCCUCUCACCCCACUUACCAAGCCAGGUGGUGGCUUACGUCCCAUUGUUUUUGGAACAAUUUGGAGGAGACUCGUCUCCAAAUGUGCUGCCUCUUAUGUUAGCCAAGAGAUGAAUUCUUACCUUGGUGAUUUCCAGUUUGGUGUGGGUGCUAAAUGUGGUGGGGAGGAGAUUUUACAUGCAGUAAAUCGUAUGCUAGAAGAAAAAGGGAAUCAGAAUAAUCUCUCAAUGUUGUUGGUGGACUUCUCUAAUGCAUUCAAUCUCAUUGACAGAACUGCAUGAUUGCGGAGGUACGUAGUUUAUGUCCCUCUAUAUCCCGAUGGGUUGAGUUUUAAUAUGCUUCACCGGCGCGACUAUACUACAUGGAUCAUAUGCUUUCUUCUGCACAGGGAGUGCAAUAAGUUGAUCCUUUGGCCCACUUUUUUUUGCCCUUACUCUCCACCCCUUAAUAUUGAGUAUUUCCAAACGAUGUGACUUAGAACUGCAAGCCUGGUACCUGGAUGAUGGUACGGUGAUUGGGGACACUAUGAUGGUUGCGAAAGCACUGCAGAUUAUACAAGAGGAAGGUGUUGCUAGGUGGUUGUUCUUAAACAUCAAGAAGACAGAAAUAUUCUGGCCCUCCCCGGAUCCUAGAGCAGCCAAUAAGGGUGUGUUCCCUUCAGAUAUUAGCAGACUAGAGAGAGGGGUUAAGCUGCUGGGGGCUCCGGUCAGUCUCGAUGCCCAAUUCAAUGCCGAUUUGGUUGUGAAGAGAGUGCAUAAAACUGUGGACCUCAUUGAUGCGGUUGAGAAACUUGAAGAUACACAGUGUGAACUUCUUUUGUUUAGAAAUUGUGCAGGAGUUUCUCGUUUGUACUUUGCUUUACGAAACACCAUACCGGACUGCUUACAUGAGGCUCAAGAUUUGUUCGACUCUCGGCUUUAUAAGUUCCUGCGUCACGUGAUCACAGGGGAUGGUCCUAGGAUUUUGGUCUUCUUGCUAAUAAUGGCACCUCUGAGGUAAUAAUCGUGCUUUGGAGCUGGGGCAAGCCAUCAAGGAUGCGGUUGCUCGUAAGAACACCAUGUACUUAGACAAGUGCACCUCUCAAGGCUAUGGAUUUGAAGCUUUGGCUUUUAUUACUCUUGGUGAGCUUGGAGUCGCAACGACGGGCUUCAUUAAACGUCUUCGCAACUACAUGGCUAGCCAUGACGCUAAUGUGCAUAUUGGGGAUUUCCUUUUCCAUAGGUUAAGUGUGGUAGUUCAAAAAUGGGUUGGAGCCCAGCUUGUGGCUAGGCUCCCGACAAGUUUCUUGUCUGAUGUUAAUCCUGUAGACGAAUUUUUUUA